AUGUGCUCGUUGCAGCCACCCGGUCGUCAAAGGGCUAGCCGUAGUACCGCCGUUGGCGGUUCGUCUCCCGUGGGGUGCAUCGCGAGUAAGUCGGCGAUCAGGGGCGAUCGUGAAUCAGAAAAAUUCCGUUCAAUGAACCGACGAAAUGAUACUCAUUCGACAACUAUGUACCACCGCGCUCGCCGUUAUUGCAGCGUUUCGUUAUUUUGGGCAGCGUACGAACAGUGUCUGGAGAGCGAGUGCGCGCGCCUACCGUCGGCGGAGGACAACGGAGAGAAAAAGAAUGAGAGAGAAUGA